AGCACACACAGCCUGAUCGCCGCUGCUUCCACACUCGGCUUUGCGGAAUCUAGUAAAGAGAGGGAAGUGGUUGGGGCGGGUUGGGGGGUAAGGCACAUACACAAAACAAGGAUAGCUUCAUUCUGGCAAUUCUCCAGCUUCUGUCUGCACUGCACUCGCAUUAACCUUGCCCUCCUGUCUGCUUCUCAAAAAGAAGUGAGGGAUUUUAAACGAGGGAAAAUAAACUGGACUAAAAGAAUUCGAAGUUUGCAAUGCAAAUGAUUGCUUCAAGGAUUAUGUUAAUAAUGUCCUGGGCAGUGACAUCAUUGCUGCUAUUAGCAACAAACUCCAGGACACAGAAACUACCCACCAGAGAUGAGGAGCUCUUCCAGAUGCAGCUGCAAGACAAGUCUCUCUUCCAUGACUCAUCUAUUAUCCCGGAUGGUGCUGAGAUCAGUGGCUUUCUCUUCAGGGAUACACCUAAAAGAUAUUACUUCGUCGUUGAAGAAGACAAUACACCCUUGUCAAUUACCAUGACACCAUGUGAUGCACCAUUAGAAUGGAAGCUAACUCUUCAGGAGCUACCAGAGGACUCGAGUGGAGAAGGUUCUGGAGAGCCAGAGCCACUAGACCAGCAGAAGAAACAACAGGUGAAUGAACUAGGUACUGAUCUGUACUCAUACAAAGGCAAUGAUGUUGAAUCAUACUUAGCGCCCAAUUCGCCCUCUGGUUUGUACCGUUUGGAACUGAUUUCAACGGAAAAAGACACAAAUUUCAAGGUUUACGCAACAACCACUCCUGAGUCAGACCAGCCUUAUCCUGAGCUCCCCUAUGACCCACGGGUGGAUGUGACAGCUCUUGGUCGUACAACUGUCACAUUAGCAUGGAAGCCUAGUCCUACCAUUUCACAACUGCAGCAACCCAUCCAAUAUUGUGUGAUUAUUAAUAAGGAGCAUAACUUUAAGAGUCUUUGUGCGGUGGAAGCAAAACUGAAUGCUGACGAUGCCUUUAUGACAGUUCCCAAGCCUGGAUUAGAUUUCAGUCCAUUUGAUUUUGCCUACUUUGGCUUUACUUCUGACAGUGGCCCCAGCAGAGAGCGAACUAUCGGGGUCAAGCCGGUCACCACACGGGUGUCACGACAGAUGGCUGGAGCACGGAGGGUGGAUCUUCAGCAGAUCUGCAUUGGCAACAAAAAUGUUUUCACGGUGUCUGACUUGAAACCAGAUACACAGUACUAUUUUGACGUUUUUGCUGUAAACACCAACUCCAAUAUGAGCACCGCCUAUGUCGGAACCUUUGCAAAAACCAAGGACGAAGCUAAGCAGAAGACAAUUGAACUGAAGGAUGGAAAAGUGACUGACAUCUUUAUUAAACGGAAAGGUGUUAAGUUUCUGAGAUUUGCCCCAGUCUCCUCCCAUCAGAAGGUGAUGCUUUAUGUUCACUCCUGUCUGGAUGCAGUCCAAAUCCAAGUCAGGAGAGAUGGGAAACUGCUGCUUUCACAGAAUAUGGAAGGUGUUCGCCAAUUCCAGCUGAGAGGGAAACCGAAAGCCAAGUACCUCAUCCGGCUGAAAGGGAGUAAGAAAGGUGCAUCCAUGCUCAAGAUCCUAGCCACCAACAGGCCGAACAAGCAACCCUUCCCAUCUGUACCAGAAGACACACGUAUUAAAGUCUUCGACAAGCUACGUACCUGCUCCUCAGUCACAGUGGCCUGGCUGGGCACACAGGAGCGAAACAAGUUCUGCGUUUAUAAAAAGCUUGUGGAGAAUAACUAUAGUGAAGAGCAGAAGAAAAGAGAGCAGAACCAGUGUAUUGGACCAGACAUCCGAAAGAAAUCUGAGAAGGUUGUCUGCAAAUAUUUCCAUAGUCAUAUUCUCCAGAAAGCAGUGACUACAGAGACAAUCAGAGGACUACAGCCAGGCAAAUCAUACCUUCUGGAUGUUUAUGUCAUAGGACAUGGGGGGCACUCAGUCAAGUAUCAAAGCAAAUUGAUCAAAACAAGAAGGUCUUGUUAGUGACUUCAUGUAUAGACUCAAAACUUUAUUGGACUAUUUCACUAGAAGAAAAUAUACAGACUGACUACUUAUACAGCUGAGAUGUUGCAACAUGUAUUUGUACUAUUUAGAAAGAUAUCAACUUGUAUAUUUAUGUUUACAUAAUUCAGUGGUUAUUUGAAGAGACUGAGCCCGAUGCACUCAGAUGGCACCAGGCUUUUGCAGCCGCAUGACCGCAAGCCCUUUGUCACAUGUGACAUUGAAUAAUAAUGGUCUACAGUGGCAGGAGAUCACUCGAGUACUGUCAGUUUUUUUGACCUCUACAUUGCAUGAACUGCAUCUAAAUUAUUUCACCUUCCAAGCCGCUUGAAAUUAGUUGCCAUGCUAAUCGUACAUGCAAUAUAGAACAUAGGAAAUCUGUAAAUUAUUUUAUAAGAAUAAAGUUCAGUCUUAAAUGUCUAUGUUUUUAUGAUUGUAAACUUUAAGAAUCAUUGCCAUUAAAAUACAAUUCUAACUAUCUAUUUGACUACACUCUGAAUCAGUUUCCAACGCUCGGUGCUGAGAGCAAUUGCAUUGAUGUUUUCUUUACAAGGACUCAUCGUAUAUGUAUGAUUUGGUGACCUUGUCAAUAUUUGUUGCAUCUUGCAUCAUGUCCGUUUGGUGUUUCAUAUUUAUUGAACUAAUAAAAAAAACCUCUCAUUCA